AUGAUCUUUUCUCGGCGCUGGACAAUCGGCGUGCUAGUAUGCAUCACGCUUCUGGCCAUAUCGUCAAGAGCGACUCCUUCGAAUCCGCCAGCCUUCUUCCACAACUCACGCGACCGUCCAACUGUCAUCUCACUACGAGCGCCCGACCAUCUGGUCACAACAAGCACCGACCACGCGUCUACGCAACGUGAACUCCAACACGCCUCGGUCGCGCGUCGCCGCUCGCUCUUCGCGCGUCAGGACCGUCGUGCUUCCACAUCGAGCACCAACUCGAAUGACAAGAUCCAAACGCUCGGCUACCUCUCUGGCGCAUAUCAAGUGCCGCUCAACCUCUCCUCGAGCCCCGCACAGCUGGUGUUUGUCCAGCUAGACACGGGCUCCUCGGAUCUCUGGAUCACGUCCACCGCUUGCGCCUCGUCGCAAUGCCAGGAUGACAAAGUGCUCAGAUUCGAUUCGCAAAAGAGCACCACGUUCCAGCCGAUCCAGGUAGAUUCCGAGACAAGGCUCAAUCUUACCGCCUCGAGCUUUGGCGGCAAUGCUACCAACAACACCCGCUCGUCCUCGCAUGGUACUGACGGCUAUGCGAAGCGUCAAACGAAAGAAAUGGUCGACAUCCCAUUCUCGAUCUAUUACGACGACACCACAUCUGCCUCCGGCGUCGUGGUGGCGGACAAGGUGGGCAUCAGUGAUCUGAGCGUGGAUCAGCAGGCGUUUGCGUUGAUCAACGCGACCAAUGUGACGUUAGGUGAGCAGGGCAUUUCAGGUGUGCUCGGCUUGGGAUUUGCUCGCGGAAGCGUAGUAUCCAGGAGUCUGAUCGGGUAUGCAGAUCAGAUCGGUGCGCAGGUCAAGAUACUGCCAUUCCUGACGAGCUUGCUGCAGACGAGUGGCGCCUCCUACCCGUUGUUCGGACUGUACUUGACACGACAAGGAGGUACAGCGACGUUUGGUGCGGUCGACCCAGCCAUUCUGCCGAGUCAGAGAGAGCGAAGUCAGGUGGAAUGGUACGACGUUUACCCGUUUCCUUCCGGCGACACAUCUGUGCCGGCGAACAACACGCUCAACCUCGACGCAUCUGCGCUCGGGCCGUACGUGCAGUGGGUGUUGCCGCUGACGUCGGUUGGCGUCUCCGGUCAGCAAGCCACACUGCGUCCUAGCUUUACGUCGCUACGCACGUCGCUUGCGCUGCUCGAUACUGGCUCGUCGUCCAUACUCGGCCCGCCGUCGGCUGUGGCGUCGAUCUUCUCGUCGAUCCGCAACAGCCGGCACGUCGGCGACGGUCGCUUCAUCGUGCCAUGCGACACUACAGAUCGCAUGUACUUUUCUUUUGGUGGUCGAAACAUCACACUGCUCCCCUCGGACUACAUUAUCGGGCCCGAUGCACAGCAGCCGUAUUUGUGCUUUGCCUGGCCUUCAGCUGCGCAAGCCGACGCAAGCGGCGUGGAUUGGAUCCUGGGUACGCCGUUUUUACGAGCGGUCUACUCGGUGUUUUCGAUCGGCAUCAACGGUAAGGAGCCGCCCAAGGUGGGGCUGUACCCGCUCAGGCAGCGCGCCGAUGCUACACAGAGCUCUGUCGUCUUUUCACCGCAACCGACGGCGGAUCUGUCGAGCUUUCUGCGCAACCAUGCCACGACCAUCAACAGCGUACUGCCCAACUCGUUGGUUUCGCUCCAGUCACAAAGCAGCGUAGCGUACUUCUUUGCGAAUGCGACAUCCACGCCAACGCUCGGUGUAGUGCCCACCAAAGUAGCUGCAUCCAGCACCUACCGUGCUCUGCUUCCAACGCGCUCCGCCGCCACCGCCGACGAUCUGCCCGUCAUAGCAAGCACUUGCAGCGCCUUACCCGUUCCCGGCAACCCUGCCUCAGAUGGCCACUCGAACUCUGCCACUCGCAUCACCACGCGGUGCUCGCGACUUGCAUCUCUGCUCGUACUCAUGCUCACCUUACUGCCCUGUAUGCUCGUGUGA